GCCGCAGCUGCAGUUCCCCCGGCGGCCGGCAGAGGCGCUGCCUCACCCGCUGGGCCGCGUAGGCGGCUCUUCCUGCGGGUCAGGUGGGAGGAAGCGGCCUGGAAGCCACGGCCAGUGGACCUGCAGGUCUGAGGAGAGGAGCAGCCCCGCAGGGACCAGCUCUCCCGGGAGGAUGGUGCGGAUCUUGGCCAAUGGGGAGAUCGUGCAGGACGACGACCCCCGCGUGAGGACCGCCGCCCCAGCCCGCAGCAGCGCCCCUCGGCCGAGCUUCCUCCAUCGGGGCCACGGGGCUCCGCUGGGGGGUCCCGGCCUCCGGCAGCCGCAAGGGGGAGCCAGGCUGGGCGCCGCCGCUCAGUCCCCCUUCAGCGACCUCAACCGGCAGCUGGUGAACAUGGGCUUCCCCCAGUGGCAUUUCGGCAACCACGCCGUGGAGCCGGUGACCUCCAUCCUGCUGCUCUUCCUGCUCAUGAUGCUGGGCGUGCGCGGGCUGCUGCUGGUGGGCCUCGUCUACCUGGUGUCCCACCUGAGUCAGCGGUGACCCCGCUGGGGCAGGCGCGGGCCUCGGGGUGAGGACAGGCUCGGAGGAGGGGGGCCUGGCGGCACCUGGCGGGUGUGCUCAGAGAACGCGGUUUCCACAUGGUGUUAAGCAUGAGGCUGAGGGAAGCUCCAGUCCCGUCGUCCCAGCGUGUCCGGUGGAUACCCUCAUUCCCCCGAGAGGUUUCCCUGUAGUAUCGGGCCUGCAUAAGCACAACGAGCAAGAACAGGAUUCCCUCCCCAUCCUCCUGCAACCCUCUGAUGCCAAGGAUUUGGUCCUGGCGUGGUGGGUGCCGAUAUGUUCUCAGGCCUCUGGAACCCGAGCGGACUUCCCCUGGAACGAGGACCAGGCCCUGGGCUUGGGGCAGGUGGGAAACGUUUCCCGAUGUCCACGGCCCUGUUUUUACUGGCUGCCUCUUCUGUGUGGCAGGGGGUACCGGCAUUCUAUUUAUCGUGGCGGUGUUUUCAAUAAAUACAUUGAGUAAACAUG